AUGGAUCGGCCAUACACCAUCCGUCGCGUCCGCCGAGUCUUGAAUGCAAAGGCCUUCACCGACACGAUCGGUUUCAGGGACUCGCUGCAGCCCGACGAUCUCAAGGGAUUCUGGAAGGGGGUCAACUCGAAGGCAUUGACGGCGAGGGAACGCGAGGUGUGGUUCAAGCUCGUCAGGAACUUCACCCCGACUCGGAGUCUGCAGUUUCAUCAAAAGCACGACGACUCGCCCGCGUGCCUCGUCUGUGGAGCGCCCAAGGACGAUCGGGAGCACUACUUCUUCGACUGCGUUGACUCUAGGAACGUUUGGAUCGCGGCAAGGGGCGUGCUCUGCGACGCACUGGGGCUCGACACGAUCGACAACACGCAUUACACGGCCGUUCAACGCAUGUUCGGACUUCCGAAGCUCAAGGCCAGUCUGCGCGAUCAGGAAGGAGCGGGGAGGACGAUCGAAAUAUUGACCGGGCUGGUCUUGGAGAUGAUCAGCAGCGGGAGGUGGGGGAUGCAGAAGUGGGGGACGAGGCUGGAGGGUGUUGGGAGGAGGAGGAUCAUCUUGGAGGAGAGGUUGAAGCUGAGGGCGGGAGGAGCUUGGGGGAGGAGAGGGCAGUAG